AUGGGGUAUUUUCAGUGUCGGUCUCCUCCUCGCCAAAUGGCGUCGGAUGGAGGAGAGAAAAUGUUCGAUCCGGUGCUGUUCGACGUCACCAGAAUUCCAGCAGAUGAUAUAGCGACACAGAUUACAAAGGAAGAUUUUGAAGUGUUUCAGAAUAUCCGCCCGGACGAGUUGACCUGUGUCGGAUGGAGCGGGCGCAACAAACAGGAGCUAUCCCCCAACGUGGUCGAAAUGACGCAGCGCUUCAACAGGACUUCUUUCUGGGCCAUCUCGGUGAUCUUACAGACGCAAAACUUGAAACUACGAGUGGAAGUGCUUACACAGUUCAUUCGCAUCGCCAGGCGACUUCACGACUUUUCAAACUACCACGGAAUGUUGGCGAUCAUAAGCGCGCUCAGACACGUUGCAAUUGACCGGCUAACCGAUACGUGGUCGAGGAUCUCAAGAGCCGACAGGAAACACUUCGAAGUCCUGUCUAAAUUUGUUCCAGAAGGUGACGGGCACCAGCUUUUGAGGGAAAAAUUCGAGGCGAUCCAGCUUCCCUGUAUACCGCACUUGGGCUUGUUUCUCAAAGAACUGACGUACAUCGACGUAGCGAAUCCGAUCGUCAACGGAAUUGAGCCAGAAAGCAGAGUUAUGAAAAUGAACAAUAUUUUACGUCUCAUCAGCGAGUUUCAAAUGAGCGACUACUCGGAUUUGCCAAGUCUACCUUACAUACAAUCCUACUUGAAAAGUUUCGACUACAUCAGCGAGCUGCAGCGCUUCUUGGAAGACGACAAUUACAAGCAAAGUUACGAGCUCCAGCCCAAAUUUGAUAAAAAGUCGAAGAAGUUCGGGACAAUGGACGACUUGAACAAUCCCGCGCCGCGAAAUUCAGUCACUUCUCGCUUCACCCGUGGUCACAGAAGAACAGUCUCCCUCGGCCGCUCCCCCAGACACAAUCACGAGCUUUUGAGUACAGAACACCAGCCUACAGUGAGUUUGCUGGAUGAUCAUCCAUUGAGUCAAUCUUCCUCGCCGGGGAGCAUCAAUGGCGUGCGAAAUAGUUUGCCCGGAAAUGGAAUUAGCUACGACAUUCCUCCCGAAGCAAUUAUUCAAGAAGGAUGCCUGAUGCGAAAGAAAAACGCGAAGAAGGGGCAGAAGAUGGCGAUCAAGUACUGGAAACGGUACUGGAUUGUGCUGACAAACGCCUCAGGAAAUGGCUAUGGCAAUGAUAACGUGCUACUUUUGUACGAGUCGAGGAGCCCUUUUAUCUUCUCCAGGAUAGUAGACAGAAGACAGUUUCAUAGAGAUAGCGCGAAACAAAUGGUUCUUUCUCAUUUUGUAUUUUCGGAAGAAUGUCCAAAUGCCGAUGAGUUCAGUUUGACGGACGAGUACUCAGGCGAGUGCUACCGAUUCAAAGCCUUUGGCGCAGUAAAUGCUCAUAUGUGGAAAGCAGCGAUCGCCGAAGCAAAACGUCCCAAAAUACCAGACUUGAUAGACCUUUCAGAGGACCGUUAA